CCCUCUCUUUGUUCAGUAAAAAAGUCACCGCCUUCUCUUUCCUCUUUCUCACUUUGAUUGAUCAAUCAUUCUUCUUCGUUUCUAAAUUGCUAACCUCUUUCUUUCUCUUUCUCCUGCUUCUGCAAAUCCUGACUCAUUUCCGCUUUAACGAAAACUAAAAAACCCAAAAUUGGUUAUAGCUUGUUUUGCUUACAUUUUCCUGGGAAAUCCAGUCUCUUUCUCUUCUGGGUAUAAGCAAAACACUGUCACUUGUUUAGAGUCUGCGAAGAAUCACACAGAAACAACAAAAAGUUUGGUCUUUUUUCUACUUCUCGAUUUGGUUGUGUUUCAAAAAAUCUCAUUUUUCUCCAGGAAAAUCUCUCAAUUUCCCAUGUAGAAGCAGCUUUCUCUUUUCCCCUUUUUUUGCUUCAGCGAAAGUUUCAGUCUUUCUUCAGAGUUCCCCAGAGAAGUUAUUGAAAUUUCCACUCAAUUUUGUAGUCACAAAUAGUGAGUCUCUGCUCUAUUAGAUGAACAUGGACAAGCAAACGGAACAAACCCUAAAUUACCUACCUUUGGGUCAGAGCGAUCCCUUUGGCAAUGGCAAUGAAGGAACCAUCGGAGAUUUCCUCGGAAGAUUCUGCAACCCUCAAGAGAUUUCACCAUUGACUCUACAAUCCUUCUCCCUCAAUUCCCAGAUCUCAGAGAAUUUCCCGAUCUCUGGAGGAAUCCGAUUCCCUCCGUAUCCAGGACAAUUCGGAUCCGAUCGUGAAUUCGGGGCUCUCGGGUUGCAGCCAACGACGCAGGAGAGCAACAAUAGCUCGUUGUUGGAUCCAGAUUCGGUUUCCGCUGCUCAAACCACGAAAUCAAACUCCAGGAAGAGAAAAUCGAUCCCCACUGGAAAUGGCAAGGAAUCUCCAGCUUCAUCGUCUCUUACAGCUUCCAAUUCCAAGAUUUCAGGAGAGAAUGUUGGAUCCAAAGCUGGGAAGAGAAGCAAGCAGGAUGAAGCUGGGAGCAGUAAAAGCGGAAUAGAGAAGUGCGAGAACAAGGACGAUGCUAAGCCUCCUGAGCCGCUCAAAGAUUAUAUUCAUGUUAGAGCUAGAAGGGGUCAAGCAACGGAUAGCCACAGCCUCGCUGAAAGAGCUAGAAGAGAAAAGAUCAGCGAGAGAAUGACGUUGCUUCAGGAUCUGGUCCCUGGUUGCAACCGGAUUACAGGGAAAGCUGUCAUGCUUGAUGAAAUUAUAAACUAUGUGCAGUCCUUGCAGAGACAAGUCGAGUUCUUAUCUAUGAAGCUGGCUACUAUAAAUCCAAGGAUGGAGUUCAAUGCUAAUGCUGCUUUAUCCACAGAGAUGAUUCAACAGGGAGAGUCUUUAACGCAGUCUCUUUACGCAAUAGCAUGCUCAGAGCAAAGACUUCCAUCAGGAUACUAUUCUCUUGGCAAGAAUAUGCCAAGAUUCUCAGACGCACAAUUCCACUCGAGUGAUGGAUUUGUUCAACCUGAGACACCAGGAUUCUGGGAAAAUGACCUGCAAAGCAUUGUUCAGAUGGGUUUUGGAGAUAUACAGCAACAGAGCAACAACAACUGUUCUGAGCCAACACUUCAGAUGAAGCUUGAGCCAUAAAGCUCUGAUUAAAAAGGUGUUUGUUAUGAUUAUAUCUCUGUACAUACAGAAACCAAGUAGUGAUGAGUACGGAGUGAAACAUGUGGGAAUGAAUGUUUUACUAUCAGUUCUUCUUCUUUGCUUGUGCCUCUGUUGAUUUCUUCUGAAGCCCAGAACAAAAACAAAAAAAAAAAACGUUUCAUAAUAUGUAAAAAAUCUGACAAGAACGUUUUCUGUACCAUCUCUGUAUUAUUUACAAUUGUUAUGUAUUAUUUGCUCAACUUGUAAGAAACGAGAAUAAAUUUGUUCACUUCUUAUAUAUAUAUAUGAAACAAU